GUCACUGCGGAAAUACAUCGUCUCUUCAUAAUCCACCGUAGGAAAUGUACGCAGUGAGACUCGAACGAAACUGGGACUGGGGACUGUUAGUGUAAAAGAGUCAAGUUUGUAAUUUGAGUAAACCAAUGCCACACAAUUAUGUUAACAUUCUAGUCCGAUUGUUCGUAUUGCAAUCCGUUCUCUCUCGCGUCCUGUCACAAAUCGCGCAAUGCUGCUACCAUUUUCAUUCAAAAAUCGCUUGCGCCGCAGAAAAGGAAGCGAUUCUCCGGAGAGUUUUGUGCGGCAAGAUACCAGGAAACCGUACUGGGGGAGAGAUCCUUGCUAAAAAGGGAUAGGAUUGCUGCUGGUGAGCAAUGUUAGUAGAAUUUACUGCAGAAUUUUUACAUUGUUAUAAAGGGCACGUAUAGCAGCAUAUCAUUACAGAGAGAGUGCAAGAGAUGCACAAAUAAUGUGUUGCUGCUGCAGCAGAAUUGAACCACGUGUGUAUUGGUACACGGAAUCAGCUGUUGAGUGACUCUAGAGGAGUGUAAACAACAACACAAUAUUGAAAGCUAUUAAGCACUGAAGGUAAUGGUUAUAACUAAAUAGAAGCAUAUCUAAGUAGCUGUUAAUUUAUACCACAGAAAAGAAUUAUGUAUUAAAACAAUUUACCGCAUUUCUCUCGCAGAUGGAAGGAUGCUUUAUUAACCAGAGUUAAAUGUAAGUACAGAAGUAACCCCCAUUAGUAGUCUCAUUAGUAGUCAUCAUUUGGAGAUAACGAUAGAGUCAAAACCAUGCAAGGCACACAAAAAGGAGCUGAUAUGGAUACGAAUAAUGCAACAAAAAUGAAAACAUUUCGCUGUUACGAUUCGCAAAAAAUCAAAACUAAUGAGAAAAAAUCAGCCUAAAUGUCUGUAAAUGAUGUUUGUAACGUACAUCAAGCUUUUUUAAUAGAUUACAGCAUUUUGUAGAAAAAAAGGAAUUCCCUGAUGCCAAGGUGUCUAUAGCACACACAUCUAAGCAUCUUGGUCACGUGACUCAGUAACCGAUUGCAUGGUAUAAACGAAAUGACAGUCGGUGGUGUGGAAGGAAAACGUUGCAAACAAACAUCCUCGUUCUACAAAACAGAAGGGAAAGAGAUGACUGUGAAGAUUAAAUAUGAAAGACAGAGAAACUGUGAUAAGCACGUAUGUUAAGCGCAAGAGUAAGAGGAAAAAAACAUUCCUUGUUAAAUAGUGCGUGUGAGCUGAUGCGGGGCAAAUACGUGUGGCAAAUAUUGUCGUGGUUUUUUUGCCGUUGUACCUUCACCCACGAAGCACGGAAUUAGAGCCUGAGGUGCUAAUUUUGUCAACGCUUUGAUAACAAAGACCCUGGCUUGUUGAAAUGGCACCUAAUGCGGCGGAACCACUGGCAAGGCCUGCAUCCACAUCAACUGGGAUUAAUGCCAUUUUACUUGGACCUCCCGGGUCUGGCAAAGGAACACAGGCGCCGCUGUUGAAAGAGAAAUAUUGCGUAUGUCACUUGUCUACGGGAGAUAUGCUGCGGGCGGAGAUAGCCGCUGGGUCGAAGCUCGGUGCACAGCUGAAAAAGGUGAUGGAUGAGGGCAAGCUGGUGUCCGACGAGCUGGUGGUGGACAUGAUCGAUUCCAACCUGGACAAACCGGAAUGCCGUAACGGAUUCUUGCUGGACGGUUUCCCUCGAACCGUGGUACAGGCGGAGAAGCUAGACAAUUUGCUGGAAAAACGUAACACGGGCCUAGAUGCGGUGAUUGAGUUCGGUAUCGACGACAGUCUGUUGGUCCGACGUAUCACCGGUCGGUUGAUCCACCAGGCAAGCGGUCGAUCGUACCACGAAGAGUUUGCGCCACCAAAGGUGCCAAUGCGCGAUGAUGUGACCGGCGAACCGCUAAUGCGGCGAAGUGACGACAAUGCGGAUGCGCUAGUGAAACGUCUGGAUGCAUAUCAUAGGCAAACGAAACCAUUAGCUGAUUAUUACGCACUGCGAGGAUUGCAUUUCCGUGUCGAUGCGGCCAAAAGUGCGUCGGACGUGUUUGCCAAUAUCGACAGCAUCUUUACGAAGCAGCGGGCAGUUCGGUUGAGCUUGUAAAUGGGAACAAAGGGCUCACGACAACGGAUGACACUCGGAACAUGCAACCAGCUAACUACCUGUGACUUCUUUUAUCUUUACUUAUAAAUUUAACACUUACGUCGUUCUGUUUGACGGGUGCUUCGCAUUUUCCCACCACAAUGUCACGACCAUAUAUUGUGUUGUAUAAACACUGGUAGUAAGAGUUAAAAGUUCUUGUUCUAUAAAUAAAACGAGAAAAGCAAUGUCAA